GUACUCUAGACUGCUCGCAUGGGUCCGAUCGAUAAAUCACUGCUCUCUAAUUGGUGGUAUUAUCACGUUAUUCAUUAACAGGUCACUCAGGCCACACGUUACAACAAACUGAAAUAUAAAUUUGUUGUAAUAGUUGUCUAUUUUCAGAAAGGAUGGACAACUGUUAUUGGUCUCAGACAAACUUUACGUGCUAUCGUUUGCAUAAGUAAACAGACAUCCAAUUGGCUUAUUUUUCUCCACAAUUAGAGUGUGAUAAUUAUGCAUAAUUUGUUCUGUACAACUAUCGUAUACAAUAAAAUUGCCGAAAAUUACUUUGUGAAAUAAUAAAACAGAUUGAUCACGUGUUACCUUAUUUAUUUUGACAUUUUUUGAUGCUUAUGUUGAAAAUUACAUUGUUUUAUUCAAAAUCAAAAGUUCUUUCUGCAUACAGUUACAACUCACAAAUGGAAGGAAAACAGUCGAGUAGUAUUUAAUCCACAGACCAGUUGGUUUUAUUACUGACUAAAAGAAAAAAUAUAAUGAACUAAAUUAUUCCGCAUUUCUAUACAGUUGAAACUAAUUUAUGCAACUAUUGAUUCAAUGAACAUUUUUUGAAAGCCAACUGGAACUAUGGAUCAAGCCAAUUUAGAGGAAGUUCGUGAGGAAACUGAAUGGGAACAAUGUUCACGUAAUCCAGAUGUUGCAAGAUUUGUGAAAACAAGAAAUUUAGUUGAAAGAAAUCGACUUCAAUCUUUAAGAUCUCAAUUAGACAAACAAUUAGAAUGGGAAUUAAAACGACUUUCUUUAGAACGACGUGAAUUUGCUGAUGUUUUAGAAAAUUUACGUAAACGUCAUGAAAAAGUUGAUCAAAGGAAUGUUCGAACAUUAAAAAAUAAUCUUAAUUCAAAUGUUUAUAUUUGUGAAAGAAAUAGAAAACAUGAUAGAUACUUGAACUCUAUAAAUAUGAACGAUAUUUUACCUAAAGGAUUAUUUAAUUCUAUUACUACAAGUAAUACAAGUAUAGUUUCUUCGCCGAAUAUAACUAAACUGCUUUACACUCGCAAUAAUAAUAGAAAUAAUAAUAACAGUAACAAACAUUUAAAUCCUAUACCAACAAUACAUACAGAAACAUCAAAUUCAACGGAGAAAGUUUCAAAACCAAAUAUUUAUCAUUUAUUUUAUACAGAUUCCGGUGAAUGGAUACAUUUAAACAAGCCUAAUUUGAAUAUAUCAGCUCCAUCGAGUGCCUCAAAAUCAUCUGCUUCAUCAAAAGUGUGUAUACAUGCUUGGAAUUUAAUGAUAACUUCACUUUAUGAUAUACAUAUACAUAUAACAAACAUCAAGAAUUGCAUCAAUUUUGUAUCGAAAUACACUAUUUUCUACAAAUUUGGUAUAUGUAAUUACAUAGAUCAUUGUUUAUUUUUCAUUUCCAUAAAAUUAAAAUAA